AUGUCUUACUUCGGAGUGCACUCAAGCUCCUCUUCUGCAGCUGCAUCCCCUUCCUCACCUACUUCAACUAUCCCCUCAGGAUACAGUACCCCUGCUUCUGAUAUCGACGAGCUCCAGUCUUACGACUCGGGGAUAUAUAACGCUCGCCGAUCACAGAGCGUGCUCGUGGUCGGAGGACUAGGCUAUAUCGGUAGCCAUACGUCACUCGAACUCCUCAGAGCUGGUUAUAAUGUUGUGAUUGUCGACAAUCUGGACAACUCGUACCUAACGACACUGGACCGCAUCAAGGUAUUGCGAGAUGAUCAUUACCGCAAUGCCUUAUUGAGACCGUCAGUUGCGUUCCACGAAGCCGACUACCGAGACAACCGUACCAUGUCUGUCAUUAUGGAACGGUAUAGCGCUAGGUCAGGCUCCGCCAUCGAAGGCGUCAUUCACUUCGCCGCACACAAAGCCGUUUCCGAAAGCAUUCAGCAGCCGUUGCGGUACUACGCCAACAACGUAGCAGGCAUGGUCACCUUCUGCUCGCUAUUGGAGAGCCUGAACAUCAAGAAGCUCAUCUUUUCGUCAUCCGCUGCCGUUUAUGGCGAGGUCACAACCGAAACUGGGCUGCGAAUAAGCGAAAAUCACUGCCUGCACGAAACCCGCGAAUGGAUCGACGUGGCAGGUGACAAGCGAGUUACCCAGGGCGGCUGCACGGCGAUCUCAAAUCCAUAUGGCCGCUCCAAGUGGAUGUGCGAGGCUAUUCUGAACGACCUGGCCAUCUCGGACCCAGAGUGGUCUGUGGUGGCUUUGCGCUACUUCAACCCCAUAGGUUGCGAUGCUUCUGGCAAACUAGGAGAGGACCCUAGGACAGCACCCAGCAACCUCAUGCCGAGCUUGCUGCGAGUCAUGAAUGGCCAAACACCGCAUCUGAAGAUCUUCGGCACCGAUUGGGAUACUAGGGACGGCACGGCAAUGCGCGACUUCAUCCACGUCAGCGAUCUAGCUCUGGGUCAUGUUGCUGCCCUCAAAGCUGUCGGUGAGGCACGGGUGGGACCCGGCUUCCACGCGUACAAUCUAGGCACUGGCGAUGGCAAUUCUGUCAAGGAGAUUGUGUCAGCAAUGCAAGCCUGUUCAGGGAAGGUCAUAGAGACGCAGGAGGUUGGACGUCGCGCGGGUGACGUAGGCGUUGUUGUGGCGGACCCCACGAGGGCAGCUGCAGAGCUCGACUGGAGGACAGCAAAGUCGAUCGAUGAUUGCAAAAACAGCGACGUGUCGCAAGAACACUCUACCUAUCUUACCUUACACACGAAAAGACUCUCGGAUGGAAGUCAGGUGGCCGCUGAACUAGACUUCGCGGAAUUCAAUGUCACAUACGCCUCUAUCCGCAUGUCCGCACGCAUCAAUGGAGCCAGCGGCGCAGUUGCGGCUUUCUUCACGUACCACGACGACACCAAUGAGUCCGACAUAGAGAUACCGACUGGGGUCAAGGCUGACGAAGUGCACUACUCCAAUCAGCCCACCGCCGAUCCCGACACUGAUGUACCCAUCGACGGUGCAACCUUCAACGUGUCAAUGGAGGCUCACAAGCCGACUUCUGACUGGAACAACUACAGGCUGGACUGGGUACCCGGGAAAAGCGCGUGGUACAUGAACGGUGCGCAAUCGGCUGACACGGAAGUCAACGUACCGGAUGCAGAGAGCAUGAUCAUCUUGAGCCUUUGGAGUAACGGAGGCACCUUCUCAGGACGUAUGGGGACCGGGCAAGAGGCCUGGUUCGAUAUCCAAUGGGUGGAGUUGCUCUUUAAUACGAGUGCUAGCACUAGCACCGAUCCCGAUGGGACAGUAUGCUCGGUAGAGUCAUCGCCAGGCUCACCGGUACCCAAUGCCUCGCGCGGACUUCAAGAUCUGGUUGCUGGGCGUAUUUGGUGGGCUAUUGGUCUGGCGUCAGCUGUUAGCUUUCUGGUAUUCGUAUAA